AUGAUUUUUUUCUUGGGAGCUGCUAAAAAGAUCUUUGAUAAGUACCUUCUUGAGAUAAACAAAGAGCUUUCGUAUGUUCACUUUGAGUUGAGGGCUUGUAGAGAUCAGUAUGAUGGUCAAGUUUGUUACGGUGUUGUUAACACUGUCUCUGAUGAUCAAUCAAAGUUAGGGACUAAGUACUCUGUUCCGCAGAUUGCUUUCUUUAAAGGCAUUAUAGAAGCUAUUGCACAGGAUGAAGCUGCUCAAGGUUGCAUAUCAGGCUUUGAUGCCCUCAAUAUCCGAUUGGAGAAUCAGUUACCAACUGAAGCCAGCAGCAGUCAACAGCAGCAAGUCCCACCUGCAUUCAAGAACUUCUCAAUGUCACAAAAGGACAAAACUAUCGAUGAGCUUGUAAGGGACAAAUGGCUGUUCCGCACAGGAGAUGGUAACGUCGGACUUGGUAUAAGAUCUCUUCUUGACCUGCGCAGUUGGUUCAGGAACAACGAUGUUCCCUCUUGUGAGGUUUGCAAUGAAGCUGGAGUUAAGGCGGAUUUGUGUCCAAAUGAAGGCUGUACGGUCCGGAUACACAAUUACUGUCUCAAAAACUUGUUAUCUCAAAGGGAUGAUAAAGUUUGCUCAGGCUGCGGGAAGCCAUGGCCUUUGGGUAAAAUUGCAAAAGAAGAAGCUGUUGAAGCAGCAGAGAAUGAUGAGGAGGAGGAAAACGAGACACAAGCUACAGCUUUAAGAUUCAAGAAAAGAAAACAAAGGAGCCAAAGAGACUCUACUGAAAACGUUUCUUCUCAAGCUUCUUUAGCCUCUGGUAGUGGUAACGGUAGGAGAAGAGUAACUCGUAGCGCUGCACACUUAACUUAAGUUUUAGGGCUUAGAUGUAUAUUUUGCUGCCUGUUUUUGUGUCCAAACAUCACUGGAAAUUUGGUUGUCUAAUGCUUUGGAUCAUCCAACAUGAUGGAUGGAGUAAAACUCUUUGUUUUGAGCCUACAAUAUAUAUUUAUGUUGAAGCUCCGAGGAUUCAUUUUCAAUUGCA